GACGAAGACGAGCCCGUGAAGGCGAAGGCCAAGCCGGCGCGCCCCAAGCCCGAGGUGGAAGACACCGUCAUCGGCAUCGAUCUGGGCACCACCUUCUCCUGCGUGGCGGUGAUGAAGAAGAGCGGCGUCGAGAUCAUCCCGAACGACCAGGGGAACCGCAUCACUCCGAGCUACGUCUCGUUCACCGAGGGCGGCAAGCUGAUCGGGGAGGCGGCCAAGAACGAGGCAUCAGUCCGCCCGACGCAGACCAUGUUCGACAUCAAGCGCCUGAUCGGCCGUCGCUACAGCGACGAAACUGUGAAGGGCACCGGGGUCGGCCAGAAGCUCCGGCUCCCGGGCGGGCUCAAUGUCCUCGCGCUGGAGGGUGAGGCCGAAGCAGGCAAGUUCCUCGUCUGCGUGGACGGCGGAGCCGGCGUGGGCGACCUCGCGGCGAAGAUUCACGGCGCCCUGCAGAAGAACUGCAUAGGAGGACACCCGGUCAGGCUGCUCAACGGGCACCGCGCGGAGCUGCCCAGCGACGAGUGUGCCGCAGACAUCCUCCGCGAUGGGGAGGGGGUCAUCGCGAUCCUGUCCAAGGACCCGUUGAACAGACCGCCGUGGAGCGCGAACAGGCUGGAGGAGGGCGUUGACAAUACGGAGCAGACCGACGAGGUCGAGAAGCCUGAAGGUCGACCUCCGGGGCCCGGCGAGACGUUCGAGGAGGACGUCCAGGUGCGGAAGCCGCUGGAGCUCCAGGGGCCUCCGGGAGACUGCUGGGAGCUUGCGAACUUGACGCCGAAGCUCCGCGAGUUCAUCUCCAUGCGGUUCUGCGAGGUGGCCUCCUGCAACGCCCAGCUGGAGAACCAUUCGAGGACUUCAUUGUGGUGA